ACCAGUCUGAUGGUUUGGGUUUGUUCCCCAUAAUCUGCUAAUCUGAUGUGCUCUGUAAAUGGGCAGAGCUGUCAGUUGGACCCUCUAGGCAGCAAAUGGAAAAUUAAGAGUUAACAGGAAGCUAAAAUCCAAAUAAAGACCUUGCCCCACCCUGGAUGAGAGGGGGAGAUAAAACAAGUCCAACUGGUUAUAUAGAGAGAGUAAAGUUCAGUUUUGUUUCUUGUUCCUGAUUUCAGUGAUGGCGACUGCUGAUCUGAGAGACGAGCUGAGCUGCUCCAUCUGCCUGAGCAUUUAUACUGAUCCUGUAUCCCUGCCGUGUGGCCAUAACUUCUGCCGGGUCUGUAUUGGGACAACAUGGGACAUCCAGGUGGGCACUUUUCCUGCAAAGCUUUCUUGCCCUGAAUGUAGAAUGAGAUUUAAAAGGAGACCUGAACUGAUAACAGCCUGGAAGCUGCGUGGCCUGGUGGAGAGAUUCUGUCCAACUGAGACAGAGCCGGAGGAGACUGGGAUCUUCUGCACCUACUGUGUCCUCUCUCCUAUACCUGCUGCUAAAUCCUGUCUCCUGUGUGAGGCUUCUCUGUGUGAUACCCACCUGAGGGGGCACAGCAAGUCAGCAGAACAUGUACUGACCCAACCCACCGACUCCUUUAUGGGGAGAAAAUGUUCUGUACAUCACAAGGUUCUGGAGUAUUUCUGCUGUGAGGAGUCUGUCUAUAUCUGUGUGUCCUGCUGUCUGGCCGGAGAGCACAAGGGCCACAGGGUGGAGCUGCUGAGUGAGGCCUCUGAGAAGAAGAAAGAGAAACUGAGGAAAGUUCUAGAGAAACUGAGGCCAGAGAGAGAGAAGACUGAGAGAGAAGCCCAGAGACUGCAGGAGCGCAGGAGAGAAGUGGCAGAAAAAGCAGCCAGUGAGACAGAGAGAGUCACUGCCCUGUUUAGAGACAUCAGGGAACAGCUGGAAGCCCUAGAGAAGCGACUCCUGAGUGACAUCUCCAGGCAGAAAGAGGAGCUUUCCCUCCAACUCUCUGAUCUAAUGGAUCAGCUGGAAAUAAAGAAGGACGAGCUGUCCAGGAAGAUCCGUCACAUUGAGGAGCUGUGCAACAUGGCAGAUCCACUCACUGUCCUACAGGAACGGGAAUCACAUGGAGCUGCAGAUAAUGAGGGGGGCAGAGAGAGACAUGAUAUAAAGGUCCCUGCUGUAGGGGAUCUGGAUGUGGAUCUGAUCUCAGAGACAUUACUCACAGGCUUAGCUGCCAUUGUGACUGGGGUAAAGGGAAGGUGGAUCUAUAAGCAGGAGGCUACAGACCUGUUACUGGAUAUAAACACGGCUGGGAAUCAUGUAUCUGUAUCAGGGGACAGGAAAUCUGCUUCCUACUCACUCACAGACCAGUGUCACCCACAAACCCCAGAGAGAUUUCAGGUUCCUCAGACUUUAAGCAGCAGGAGUUUCCCCUCAGGGCGACAUUACUGGGAAGUGGAGGUCAGUGAAUCAGGGGGCUGGAGGGUAGGGGUGGCCUAUCCCAGUAUAGAGAGGAGAGGGGGUCAGUCCUGGAUUGGGAGUAAUAACAAGUCCUGGUGUUUGCGCAGAUGGAAUAAUAACUAUUCAGUGAGACAUGACAGAAAAGACACAAAUUUACCCCACGUCUCUUCCUGCAGGAGAAUCAGGAUCUCAUUGGACUAUGAGGCCGGACGUCUGUCCUUUUAUGAGCUGAGUGAGCCAAUCAGACACUUACACACCUUCACUGCCACAUUCACUGAGCCCCUUCAUGUUGCAUUUGGGGUAGGGUGCGAACUUGAUACCUGUGUGAAAAUCAUUAGUUAGGGAACUACCCAGCAGGAAACCCAUUCCCAGAGCAGCCCUUACCCUGUGAUACAGGAGCCAGUGACUGAGUUGCCAUUUCAGCUAUGUAAAUAACAUUUAUUGCAUUUUACAUUUUUAAAAACUUAAAUGUGUUGCCUGGGCUCCAAAAUGGGGUGCAGAGACCUGUGCCCCCAAUGAAUACAGUGACACCAUGACCAGUGUUGGACUGGCCCAUCAGCAUACUAAGAAAAUUCCUGUGGGCCCCCCGGCUCCAUUGUGCCUUGUAUGUCUGUAUCUAACUCAUUCCUCUUUUCUGUAUAACACUUUCUUGGCAGGAAUAUCCGGGGCCACACUGUGGCACUAACAGUAUAGAUCUCAAGCCUCUGCUAAGUGGGACAUUUGUGGGGUUUGGAUAAGUUAAGUUCCUCCACCCAGAGCUAAAGCAGAUAUUGGUGGCAAAUAACCCCCUGGGAACUGCAAUAGAAGUGAUUACUGUACCCAAUGCAGCAGACAAUAAACCGCACAAUAGGUAGAAACUGUCAUUUGUGUAUUGCAAUAAUAUAUAUUGGUAAUGUGAACAGUGAAAUAAUAAUAACACAAUGUAUGUGAGACAAUAUACAGUAAGUAUGAUAAUAUAAUAAGUCACCUUUUGUAUGAAAUUGUAAACUAUCACUUUAAGAAUGGUGAGUGCGCACUGGGGAUCUGCAGGGAUAUAACAAAGUAGUAAGAUCAGAGUUACGUGUUGUAACACCAGAUUGACGCACCCCGGGGUGUAAUGUAAAGGUCUCACCAACUCUCAAUGGUAAUGAGAAAGGAAUAAAUCCUGUGAGGCAGAGCAGAUACAGGGAAGCAGUCUGGCAGCUUUAAUCCACACUGAGCUUGGAAUGCUGGUGUAGGAGAAGUGUCACAGAGGCU